AUGACGGCCGCCUGUCGCUUCCCGCUGCCCGGAUCUGACGAACGAGGCGCGCACGGCAGGAUUACCUCCUCCCCAAGACUCCCACGGCAGGAUUACCUCCUCCCCAAGACUCCCACGGCAGGAUUACCUCCUCUCCAAGACUCCCACGGCAGGAUUACCCCCUCUCCAAGACUCCCACGGCAGGAUUACCUCCUCUCCAAGACUCCCACGGCAGGAUUAACGCCCUCUCCAAGACUCCCACGGCAGGAUUACCCCCUCUCCAAGACUCCCACGGCAAGACUCCCACGGCAGGAUUACCUCCUCCCACGGCGGGAAGACUCCCACGGCAGGAUUACCUCCUCCCCAAGACCUCCUCCUCCCAAGACUCCCACGGCAGGAUUACCUCCUCUCCAAGACUGCCACGGAUUACCCCCUCUCCAAGCCCCCCACGGCAGUAACACCACCUCUCCAAGACUCCCACGGCGGGAUUACCUCCUCCCUAAGACUCCCACGGCAGGAUUACCUCCUCUCCAAGACUCCCACGGCAGGAUUACCCUCUCCAAGACUCCCACGGCAGGAUUACCCUCUCCAAGACUCCCACGGCAGGAUUACCCUCCCAAGACUCCCACCGGCAGGAUUAAGCCUUCUCCAAGACUCCCACGGCAGGAUUACCCCCUCUCCAAGACUCCCACGGCGGGAUUACCUCCUCUCCAAGACUCCCACGGCGGGAUUACCUCCUCUCCAAGACUCCCACGGCGGGAUUACCUCCUCUCCAAGACUCCCACGGCAGUAAUACCACCUCUCCAAGACUCCCACGGCAGUAACACCACCUCUCCAAGACUCCCACGGCAGUAA